GAGAAGAUUAAAGUACAUUCCGACGACUAUAUUUUCUUUCUUGCCAAACAACGUCCCCAAAAGAGAAAAAAACUGAGAAUUUUACUGCGGUCCAAGACUCACUUUCCCGCCUUUAAUUUUUCAUUUUCUUGAGCCUCCCGGCCUCCCCCAUUUCCUUAUUCAAAUCUCACACCGUAAACCUAACUCCGCCCAUUCCUCCUCUUGUCUGUUCCCUCUCUCCCCCGGCGGGAGAUCAAGGAUUCAUGGCGACGAAGUCGUUCAAGGGCGCGAGCGUGUUCAUGUCGCGGAACCUAGUCCCUCCCGAGCUCUUCGACUCUCUUCACGAUGCUCUCAAGCAGAACGGGGCCGAGAUCUUCUUCUGCUGCGAUCCUUCUCGCAACGCCCCAGACGAUUACCACAUCAUCUCUUCUCCCGAUCAUGUGAAAUUCGAGGAUCUUCGAGCUAAGGGUUGUAAUUUGAUUGGUCCUCAAUGCGUGCUUUCCUGUGCAAAGGAACGUAGAGCUUUGCCUAAACAAGGGUUCACCUGUUGUCUUGCAAUGGACGGGGUCAAAGUGCUUGCAUCUGGUUUUGAGAUGGAUGAAAAGGUCAAGAUUGAAAAGCUGGUUACUGCAAUGGGAGGCAUAUUGCAUGCUAAGGCAUCUUUGGAUGUUAGCUUUGUUAUUGUGAAGAAUGUUUUGGCUGCAAAGUACAAGUGGGCUUUAAACAUUCUAAAAAAACCAAUUGUCAGUAUCAGUUGGUUAAAUCAAUGCUGGAAUGAGCAUCGUGUUGUACCUCAAGAGUCAUACAGGGUUCUUCCUUUUUCUGGAUUGACAAUUUGUGUGACAAGAAUUCCAGCAGAUGAGCGAAAGGAGAUGGAAAAGAUUAUCAUACAAAAUGGUGGGAGAUAUUCUGCAGAACUAACCCGGAAGUGCACACAUUUAAUUUCUGAUGCUCCGGAAGGUGACAAAUAUAAGGUUGCUCAAAGGUGGGGCCACAUUCAUAUUGUUACUCGGAAAUGGUUUGACCAAUCAAUUUCUAGAAGAGCUUGUCUUAAUGAGGACUCCUAUCCUGUUCAGGGUGGUCUUACAUCUUCAAUCAACUCUGUAAGGGGUUCUUUGACAGCAAAGCAAAGCCAAUACAAGGUUCUUGGAAAUUCACAAUCAGCAGCAUCCUCAAUGGCCACAGAAUCAAAUUGGCAUGCUGUCCGGUCCACAGGGUUUGUGGAUCCAGAUUUAGAAACUACUCUCUCACAGAAUGUUUCUACAUAUUCAGAUGCUCCUACAUUUAUUAAAAAGGAUGAGUGUGAAGUGCCUACCUUCCAUCCGAAAAAUGAAAUGAAUAUUGGUGGGUGUGUUGCUGAUGACUCUCAAUCUGAAGACAGUGAUUUGUACUUGUCAGAUUGCAGAAUUUCGCUUGUUGGAUUUGAAGCAGCUGAAAUGCGUAAGCUAGUUAAUAUGGUGCGUAGAGGCGGUGGCUCCCGGUUUAUGUCAUUGAGUGAAAAAUUGACACACAUAGUUGUUGGAAAUCCUUCAGAGCUUGAGAAAAAGGAGCUGAGAGGCCUUGCAGCUAUGGGUGUCAUUCAUGUGGUUCGAACCAUCUGGCUUGAUGAUUGUGAGCGUGAAAAGAAAGAAAUUCCUGUACUUCGGAGGCACAUUGCUUAUGACUUACUUCUUCCAAAAGAUCCUGUUUGCUUCGGCAAAGGAGCUAGUAUAGGUACAGCUGUCUUGAAAGAAGGGAAAAGCUCCACAGUUCAAUCGUGCUUGCCCACUGAUCAGUCCCUGGGAAGUUCUAUGUCUGGUUCAGGGAUCUCAAUGGAGAAAAACAGCGGAAGAAAGUUGGAAAUAAACACAAAGAGGGACAGCCGUCUGAAUAAUUCAGCUAGAUAUGUCCAGCAAGGCCAAUCUACUGCAAGUGACAAAUUUAAGGGUCAGCAUGUGGGACAACCUGACUCUAGCAUUCAAAAUGUUAAUGAUAGGAAGUCAUUAAGUGUAUUUAAGGGAAAAUUGUUCCGCUUUUCAGCUUCAUUUCCUGACGAUAGGAGAGCUGAAAUUGUUCAAUGGGUAAAUCAAGGUGGAGGGCUGCUGGUGAAUGAUCUGGUUGUGCAGAAUGUGCACUUUACUGUGGAAUGCCAUGGUGCGACACCCAAGUUUGCUGAUGUUUCCACUAAUGUGUCCAGUCACUGGAUUCGAUCUUGUUUGGAGGAUGGAUGCUUGUUGGAUGUUGGUAGUCACAUUCUCUAUUCACCACUUCCCUGUCAAAUUCCAUUGCGUGGGUUUGAAAGCUUACGGUUCUGUGUUUCCCAGUAUGAGGAGAAAGAGAGACUCUUGUUGAGAAAUUUAUGCUUUGUUCUUGGAGCUAAAUUUGUGGAGAAAUUAACUAGAAAGGUCACUCAUUUAUUAUGCAAGUUCACCAGUGGGCCAAAGUAUGAGGCUGCUUGUAAAUGGGGUAUAAAAUCUGUUACAACUGAGUGGAUAUAUGAGUGUGUCAAGCAGAACAAAAUUGUUCCUCUUAGUCCAUUUUGCCCUAAAGAAGCUACUGGUCAAGACCAAGAGGCAGGAUUAUGUACUGUGAGCCAGUAUCCUACACAAGCUGCUCGAAUCUUAUCUAGCGAUGAUCCAUCCCAGCUUCUGAGUCAAUCUCAAAACCCAAGGAGCACAGAACCACAAGUGAUUGAUAGUAGAAGUAAUAGCUUUAAGGAAGAGGCGAGAAGGCCUAGUUCCUACAGUAAAAGAGCGAGGCUUUUGGAAAAUGACUGUCAGAAGGAUCUACUCCAAUCUGGGGAAAAUCACUGUGAUUCUUUAUGCAGGAUGAAUUCCACAAGAAACAGCAUAUUGGAAGAUACAACAAAAGUUUCUCCAGUUGUUCCUGAUGUUGCUUCUGCAAUAGAGGAUUUGUUAGAGCAGACAAGUAAGAUUCAAGAUUUGAAGUUACCAGAAAGGACUCGGUGCGAUAAAAGUCUUUCAUCAUCUGAUUGUUCAAUCCUUGGUCAAGAUCAUGUUGAACCUCAUCCUGCCUUUGUGUCAUCUAAUCAUUGGCAAAACAGGACUGAGAAAAAGGUUGAUCUUUGCAAGCCUUCUGGGGAUGUAAAUGCUGCUGUUUAUGAUAGUUUCAGUGAAACACAAACGGAGUCUCAGGUUGUUGGUUACGAAGAAGAUUUGUCGGGCAGGCAAAUGAUAAUUGACCGAGUUCGAGCCCGGAGUAGCUUGACUUGAGUCACCAGGGCUACCUGUACAAUGAAAGCUGGUUUGCAAUGUAUCAUAGUUGGCAAGAUGCUGCUGAAUGUUGCAUAUCCCCUGGUUCUUGAGGCUGCACCUUCCUUUUGUAAUCCCCUAGGUGAAUCCAUUUCUUUGUUCAAUUGUGAAAAAUAGUUUUCGUUUCUCAUUUUCAGUUUUUAGUUUCUCAACAUUUGUACUAUAUAAAUGUUGGGAAAGUAAAAAAUAAGAUGGUAUUUUUGUAAUUAUCUAAAAAAAAAUAUUGUAGAGAACAAAACUGUUUCCCAUGACGGGAAACUUUCUUCAAUUGCCUUAAGCUAAUGCAAGGUAAGAGUUUCUUAUUUUGCAUUAGCAGAAGCAUUUUUAGAUGCCAAGGUGCGUAGAAAAAAAAAACAGGGGAAACAAUAUAAUCAUCAGUGUUUUUGGCUA